UUAUCUUGAUAAAUAAUUUUUUUUAUAUUUACUGAAAAUUUUAACUAAAUGCUGUUAGGUUUUAACAAUCAAUUUUACGAAGUGUUUCUGUUCUAAAUAUUUAUUUGUGUAUUACUUCAUAAUCCCUAACCUAAAAUGUGGAAAGCGGCCGCGGGACAUCAAGUGAACAUAACUAACGUAAAUAACGAAGAUGAUGAAUGGGAAACGGAUCCUGACUUCGUUAACGACGUAGACGAGCAACAACAAAGAUGGGGCUCUGCUACAGUAGAAGGUUCAGGACGAACCGCUGGAUCUAUAGACAUGGCGCAAUUAAGAAAGGAAACUGAAGAGGCGGACGCCAAAAAGAAGAAGAAAGAACUGGAGGAAGGCGAGCACAAUCCAUCGUACGGUUACGGCGGUAAAUUCGGCAUCGAAAAAGACAGGAUGGAUAAAUCGGCUUUGGGGCACGAACACGUCGAAAAGCUCCAAAAGCACGCUUCGCAGAAGGAUUACAGCACGGGUUUCGGCGGAAAAUACGGCAUUCAAACCGAUAGAAUCGAUAAAAGCGCUGUAAGCUGGGAUCAUAAGGAGAAAGUCGUGAAGCACGCCUCGCAGAAGGACUACGUCGACGGUUUCGGCGGGAAAUUCGGUUUGCAAACCGAUCGACAAGAUAAAUCUGCAGUCGGUUGGGAUCACAUCGAGAAAGUUGAGAAGCACGAAUCACAAAAAGAUUACAAAACCGGAUUUGGUGGUAAAUUCGGUAUCCAAUCGGACCGACAAGAUAAAUCCGCUGUAGGUUGGGACCACCACGAAAAGCCGCAGAAACACGAAAGCCAGGUGGACCAUAAAAAAGGCUUCGGCGGCAAAUUCGGCGUACAAACGGACAGGGUCGAUAAAUCCGCUGCGAAUUUCGAACCUCCCACUGCGGUCGGUACUAAUUACACUAAAGUUAAACCAGACAUCGGGGGAGUUAAGCCAUCGGAUCUACGGGCCAAGUUCGAAACAAUGGCUCAACAAAACAAAUCGAACGUACCGAUGCCAUCGGCCGCGCCAAGGAAAAACGUCCACGCCAAAGCCGCCAUGUUUUCCAACGCUAGCAAAGAACCCGUUUCUCCCGCUCCCGAGAAGGUUCCCGCACCUAAACAGUUCGAUCAAUCGAAGACCGCGUUUUUAACGCAGAUCCACAACCACCGAGAAGACGACAGCGCCGCUCCCGAAGAAAGACCCGUUACGAAACUCGAACAAUCCAAAACUGCCUUUUUGAACCAGGAAUCACAAGAACCCGUAAAACCCGUCGUCAGCCAAGAGGCUGUCACUCAACCGGCGCCAUCGCCGCCUAAGGAACCAGUUCAAAUUGCUCAAGACGAAGAUGAAGACGUCGAAAACAAGAAGCAACAAAUGAUGCAAGAAGAAUUGGAGUUGCUCAGGCAAUUGCAACAGCAAAAGCCCGACGACGAGGACGAUUCGGACGAGCAGUUAUACGAAAACUUCGAUACGUCCACCAUUAAAAGGGCCAGCGGCCAUCAAACCGACAAAGCUCCGAGCGACGUCCAGGCGCAACAGAGCAACGCGCCCGAAGAAACCGACGAGUACGUCCAGGAGGAAAUUGUCGACACCGGCGUAACGGCCGUCGCUUUGUACGAUUACCAAGCGGCCGCUGAUGAUGAAAUAUCUUUCGAUCCCGACGACGUUAUCACACAUAUCGAUAAGAUUGAUGAGGGAUGGUGGAGAGGUUUGUGCAAAGGAAAGUACGGGUUGUUUCCGGCGAAUUACGUGCAAUGCGACGACUAAUCAGGUACGUUCGAGCGGCCAGCGGUACUUAUUUGCUUCCAAAUGAAUAUAUAUACAUAUAUUUUUAAUGAUGAUUGUAUUAUUAGUUUUGUACAUGUGCUCUCCGUUUUGUGUACGUAUUAUUUUAUUUCUAUUAACUUUAUAUUCGAUUAGGUAUUGUAAGAUUAUACAUACAUAUAUAAAGAAAGAUGAUAUUUUAAGUAAUGGAAUAGUUCUUUUUUAAAUGAAAUGAUAUAGGCGAAGUAAAGCAAUGUUAUUUAAAGUGA